AUGUCAGGUCGGGGUAAAGGAGGGAAAGCAAAAUCUUCUGCCAAAGCAAAAACUCGUUCAAGCAGGGCCGGUUUGCAGUUCCCUGUUGGUAGAAUUCAUCGUUUGCUGCGAAAGGGAAAUUAUGCUGAGCGAGUUGGUGCUGGUGCCCCUGUCUAUCUGGCAGCAGUCCUGGAAUAUUUAGCUGCUGAAGUGUUAGAGCUUGCUGGCAAUGCAGCUCGCGAUAAUAAAAAAAGUCGUAUUAAUCCGCGACAUUUGCAACUUGCUGUUCGUAAUGACGAAGAAUUGAAUAAGCUUCUUUCCGGUGUUACAAUAGCGCAAGGUGGUGUGCUUCCAAAUAUACACGCAGUACUCCUGCCGAAGAAAAUUGCUGGUGAAAAAGACUAA